AUGGCUCAACGAUUGUCUCAACGAAAGACUCAACUGUGUUGUUGGAGUGCACCCGACACGGAGCCCCUCAUGCAAGCCACCCAUGGCUUGAUGCCACCCACCGGCAAGGGGCUGCCCAACCCACUCUGCGGCGCACAUGGAACCUUUAUGUUCAUUGUCAUUGCCGCAGUUGCUAUGGCCAUCGUGGAUGCGCUUUUCCUUCAGACUUGGUGGGUUCUCCCGCUCGCGAUACUGACACCGUUCUUCUUCGUAUUGGUCUACCUUACGGGGAUCUUGGCACUUCCUCAAUUUGGUCUGUGGUCAACUUCUUCCCGAUUGCAGAUCCCCUUGAUGCAGCAUCCAGACUAUAUGUUUAGUCGAAUAGUCAUGCCGUGGGUCAACUUUGGUCAAGGUCUGAACAUGUGCAGUAAUUCCUGGUGCCAAGAACUCAGACAGAGUCUCGGAAAGACCUACGUCAUGGCUGGCAUGGUCGGCUUCGCUGAUUAUGAGGCAGUGGCCCUUACUCUCAAGAGCUCACAAGUGCGGACUUCCUACUUGGGCGCACAGCCUUUGACAAACCUUCCGCAAGUGGAUCGCGAGAUUUUCCUGCUGGGUUUGGCCAACACGGAAACAGGCUGUUUGCACAACAAGUUUGUUGCAUGCUUCUACCACUAUAUGUUUAAUGUUGGCUUUGCCGAGCGUGUGAAGUCGGAGAAGGCGAAAAGGUUCUGGGAUCAGCUGGUAGAGGACUACAAGAACAUGCCACAUGGUGAGGGAGAGCAGUUCUACAACGAAGACGACAAAGGUCUUCGAGGGUUCUUGAUCAGAUACUUCUUUUACGUGAUGUUAGAGACGGACACCGAAGAUCCAGAGAUCAUGAAAGACUUGGUUACCAUGAUGAGGGGUGACCAGCCGAUUGCUUGGUGCUACCUCUGGCCUAUGGCAGUAGCCAAUUUGUAUGGCAGCGUCAUCAGGGCAGUCGACGACAGGAUUUUCAAUAGCGCCGUCAUGACGAAGUUUGUUGAAGGCCAAGAGAAAUUUGGAAAGAUGACGAGACUGGAGCUCACCAGGCUUACCACGUGCAUCAUGAGACUUGCAGCCAUCACCGGCACCAUGCAACUGGCAAAAACCGUGACCGGUGGGCUGACAAUGCCACCCUUCGCAGAUAUGGAGAAGAUUGAUGUAGCUGCUGAAUGGGAUAAGUUGGAUCUGAAUGACACACACAUGUUGGAAAACUUCUGCCUUGAGGUGGCCCGGCUCUUUCCGCCAGUGAGCUCGGUACAUCAUAUCGCAACAGAGCCCUUUUCAGUGGUGUUGCAAGGUCAAACUGUGGACUUCCCCGCGGGAACAAAGAUUCUUGUGCCCACGAACCUGGCCAUGACUGAAAAGGAGACCUGGGGCGUCAAUGUCUUCAAAUUUGAUCCUACUCGGCCAGAUUUGCGGGAGAAGAACAUGGUCUUCGCCAAUGUUGGAAAGGAUAUUCCAGGGUCUGCUUGGAUUUGUGCAGUUCAGAAAAGCUUUGCAGGGAAGAAUUUGGCCCUGGACACCUGCGUUGAAAUUCUUCGCGCUCUCAGCUCAGUGAGGCUUGUACAGGAACCACGCCUCCAGGCCAUGGCAUUUGUGGCAAAGCGCUUUGCGCGCUCUAUCACAGGUGCCACUGCUUUGGGCGGAGCUGCUGCGUUGGUGAAUUUCACCUCUGCUCCAGCUCGCUGCGAUGAUAAGGAUCCACCACACGCACCGCGAUAUCCCUUCUGGGUGAAGUCCAUCUUCCACGCCCACGAGAUUCCAAGUGUCCGUCGUGGAUAUGAAGUGUACCGUCAGGUUUGUGCGACCUGCCACUCCAUGAAGCAGCUCCACUUCAGACACUUGUCGAAUUUCGUGCUUCCCGAGAAGCGUAUGAAGGAGAUAGCUGCCAGCUACGAUGUUGUGGAUGGACCAAAUGAUGAAGGCGAGAUGUUCACCCGUCCUGGCAUUCUUGUUGAUGCCUUUCCAUCGCCAUAUCCGAACGAAGAGGAUCCUCCAGCUGGCAUCGAAGUGCGCGACGGAUUGUAUUACAAUGUGCAACUUGUCAGCGACAUUUGGCGAUGGGCAAAAGAUGGGGACGAGUGCCUUGAAGAAGUUGUGAGGGGAUUGAUUGGAAUGCCAAACCCGCUGCACUCUGACGGCUUGGUUGACUAUGAGGAUGGAACUCCAUGUACCAAGUCUCAAAUGGCCAAGGAUGUGGUGAACUUCCUUUGCUGGGCCGCAGAGCCCGCACACGACGAGCGGAAGCUCAUCGGCCUCAAGGCAAUAUCGGCUUGCGCCGUGGGAACCUUCAUUGUUGGCUUCUGGUACCGAAGCAUGUGGAUCGGGUUCAAGACCCGCCGUAUUGAUUUCACGAAAGCAGUUAUGUGCGGCCCUCGUUUCUGUGUCAUCGCUGCAGUGACAUCCUGCUUAAUGAUUGCAUCCUUGCCGGAUAAAGGAAGCAAUUUCUUGAGUUCGAAGCUAGAUUUGCCCAGUGCAGCAUCCAAUGGCUUGAUGCCGCCCACCAGCAAGAUGUCCAUCGUGGAUGCCGUUCUUCUUCAUUUCUGGUGGGUUCCUGGGCAACGGCAGGGUCACAGUGUCCAGAAUGUGGAGUCCUGUGACGAUCGGCUGGUUAUUCCAAUCGCAUUAUUAGUGGUGCCAUUCCUUUUUGCAUUGGUCUACACCACCAUGAUCUUGGCAAGUCCUCAAUUUGGCAUGUGGUCAACUUCCUCAAGGUUGCAGAUCCCCUUGAUGCAGCAUCCAGGAUGUCUAUUGAGUCGAAUAGUCAUGCCUUGGAUCAACUUUGGUCAAGGUCUGAACAUGUGCAGCAACGCUUGGUGCCACAACAUUAGGGAGAAUCUUGGAAAGACUUACGUCAUGGCCGGCAUGGUCGUGUUCGCUGACUUUGAGGCAGUGGCCUUGACGCUCAAGAGCACACAAGUGCGGACUCAAUAUUUGGGUGCACAGCCUCUGACGAAUGUCCCCAAAGUGGAUCGCGCGAUUUUCAUUCUGGGUCUUGCAAACGUCGAGAAAGGCAACCUGCACGAAAAGUUUGUUGCAUGUUUCUACCACUACAUGUUUAAUGUUGGCUUCGCCGAGCGGGUGAAGUCGGAGAAGGCGAAACGGUUCUGGGAUCAACUCGCAGAGGACUACAAGAAUAUGCCACACGGUCAGGGAGAACAGUUCUACACUGAAGAUGCCAAAGGUCUUCGAGGCUUCUUCAUUCGAUAUUUCUUUUACGUGAUGUUGGAGACGGACACCGAAGACCCAGCGAUCAUGAAAGACUUGGUUGCCAUGAUGAGGGGUGAUGAGCCGAUUGGUUAUUGCUACCUUUGGCCGAUGGCAAUAGUGAAUUGGUACGGCAGCAUCAUCAAGGCAGUCGACAACAGGAUUUUCAAUAGCGCUGUCAUGAGCAAGUUUGUUGAAGGUGAAGAGAGGUUUGGAAGCAUGACGAAGCUGGAGCUCACCAGGCUUACCACUUGCAUCAUGAGACUUGCAGCAAUCACCGGCACAUUGCAAUUGGCAAAGACAAUAACUGGUGGGCUAUCCAUGCCGGCCUACGCAGAUAUGGACAAGAUCGACGUAGUUGCUGAAUGGGACAAGUUGAAUCUCCGUGACACGCACAUGCUGGAAAACUUUUGCCUUGAGGUGGCUCGGCUAUUUCCGCCAGUGAGCUCGGUACAUCAUGUCGCAACAGAACCCUUCUCAGCUGUGUUGCAAGGUCGAACUGUGGACUUCCCUGCAGGAACAAAGAUUCUGGUGCCCACGAAUCUGGCCAUGACUGAGAAGGAGACCUGGGGCGUUGAUGCCUUCAAAUUUGAUCUUACAAGGCCACAUUUGCGAGAGAAGAGCAUGGUCUUUGCAAAUGUCGGAAAGGCUGGAAGCCGUAUAUGCCCAGGGAUGAAUUUGGCCCUGGACACCUGCGUUGAAAUUCUUCGCGUAUUAGGCAAAGUCCGUCGCGAAGGAAAGUAA